CGCAGCAUCGGUAUACCGCUGUGUUAUCGUACACCAAAAGUCGGUAGCCUAUCAUGUGGCUAGCACAGCCGAGCUGAACUCAAUCCUGCUGACUACCCACAGCGUGAUGCCUAAUCGGACCCCAUUGGCUGCAAUUAUAUCCUCUAGGCCCUCUGUAUCCCUGUGGGGUCAGCAACUAGGCAGCAUCAGUUGGUAAGGCUUCGGUGGAGGGCUGCUAUGGGAGGUCGACAUAACAAGGCUGACAAGUCCUGGGAUGUGGUACUCCCCAGGGUAUAUGUAGCUCAGCUCCUCUCUCCAGACAUGAGCAGCUGAGACACAAAUUUCUUGUCGUUUCUUACCUCUGCAUUAUCACUCAAGAAUUUGUUUGUUACCCUAAUUAAUUUGCAUAUUACCUGGCAGGCUUUGACGAUGGCCUCCGAACCAUCGGAAUCCCUCCCUAUUCCUCAGCCUCCCCCUCACUUGUUCGUGGGUAAUUUCGCUGAGAUCGAUCCCAAUGAUGCGCCAGGAUCUUUUCAGCGGCUUGCGGACAUCUAUGGCGAGAUCUACCAACUCGAACUUCCAGGACGAGAUGGCAAGCUCAUCGUUGUCUCUUCGUAUGAUACGAUAAACGACUGUUGCGACAGCGAGAGGUUCGAAAAGCCCAUCAAUGCAACCCUGGAGGAAGUACGCGCAUUGACUGGAGAUGGUUUGUUCACAGCCUACCCUGGCGAAAAGGCCUGGGGUGUUGCACAUCGGCUACUGAUGCCGGUGUUUGGACCGAUGGGGAUACGGAAGAUGUUCGACGGCAUGAUGGACAUCUCAACACAAAUGCUGCUUCGAUGGGACCGUUUCGGUCCAGAGCACGAGAUAGAAUGCAGUGAUGAUUUCACAAGGUUGACAUUUGACAUGAUCGGGUUGUGUGCAUUCGGUUACAGGUUCAACAAUUUCUAUACCGACCGCGCACAUCCCUUCGUAGAAGAGAUGGUCGAGGUUCUGAUAGAGUCCGGAAGAAGAGCCACCCGCACGUCUGUCGAAAAUAAGCUUCGUGUCUUUGCCGAAGCUCAUCGGCAGGAAAACGUGAAGAAGAUGCACGAACUGUGCGACCAGAUCAUUGCAGACCGGAUUGCCCACCCUCAGCCAGAUGCUAAGGAUCUACUGAACCCUAUGCUUGAAGGUGUCGAUAAGGAGACAGGAGAAAGGAUGACAAAAGAAUCUGUAAGGUACAACAUGGUGACUUUCUUGGUCGCCGGGCAUGAGACCACAAGUGGAACCUUAGGGUUCUUGUUCUAUCACCUACUCAGAAACCCAGAGAAGUAUCUGAAGGCUCAGCAAGAAGUUGACGAAGUACUUGGCGACGGACCGCUUGAACUCAAGCACAUCCCGAAGCUCACCUACAUAAAGUUCGCAAUCUACGAGGCAUUGCGUUUCCUUGGCCCCAUUGCAAUCAAUGGAAAGCACUCGUUGAAGCCUACUAAGAUUGCAGGAAAAUAUCAGGUGCAGCCAAAGGACCAGAUUCUGAUGAACCUAAAAGGACUCCAUCAUGACCCUAAGGUCUAUGGCGACGAUGCUGACGUGUUUCGGCCCGAGCGUUUUCUCAAUGGCGGUUGGGAGAAUCUUCCUCCAAACGCAUGGAAGGCUUUCGGCGAUGGAAUACGCGCUUGCAUUGGUAGGACAUUCGCUGAGCAGGAGAUGAUCAUGGUUGUCGCACUCAUUUUGCAAAAGUUUCAGGUUGAGCUAGCGGAUCCUGGUUACCAGCUUCAUGUCGCAGUCACCAUCACGCAAAAACCGAAGGAUUUGAAGAUCAAAGUGCGCAGGCGACCUGGACGUACAAUGGCUAGUCUGGGUGGCGCUGGUACCAGUACCACUGCUGCCAAGAAGGAUGAUGGCGAUGGAUUCGGCAAGACUGAAGAACCAAAUGCACCUACCAAAGAUGCCAAGCCCAUUACAGUACUCUACGGUUCGAACGCCGGUACAUGCAAGUCCUAUGCCGAGGACUUAGAGACCAAUGCUGGGCGAUACGGAUUCAAGGCAAACAUAGGCAGUUUGGACUCAGCCACUGAGCAUAUUCCUAAGGACCAGCCUAUCGUCAUUAUUGAACCGUCUUACGAAGGCAAGCCAGCUGACAAUGCAAAGAAGUUCACCGCAUGGCUUGAGAGCAACGCAAACUCCAAGCUGCUUGAGGGAGUUCAGUAUGCUGUCUUUGGGGUCGGAAAUAGCGACUGGACUCAUUCGUAUCACCGUGUUCCCAAACUCACCGAUGAGUUGUUCGAGAAGAUGGGCGCGAAACACUUUACUGAGACCGGUUUCGUCAAUGUGAAAGAAGAUAUCAUGGGUCCGUGGGAGAAGUGGUCUGAACAAAUGUGGAGUGAUCUUCGCAAGUCGAGUGGCACUACUACUGAAAUACUCGGUGGACAGCUUCAGGCCGACAUCACACCUCCGAAGUUUGCCACGUACCUCGGAGGUAAAGAAAUCGGUUACGGUGAAGUUAAGGUCAACAAGGAUUUGGGUGGCGGCGAGGUCGGCCUUACCAAAAAGCACAUGGAGAUUGAACUUCCACCGGGGACAUCAUAUCGUUCAGGCGACUAUAUGGUCAUCCUGCCGCUCAACAGCAUCUCCAAUGUCAGACGGGUGAUGAAGCGCUUCGACCUGUCACCUGAUGACAACAUCCAUAUCACUGGAACCAACAAGACUUUCAUCACAACCGAAGCACCAAUCUCGAUCUUCGAUCUGCUGAUGACACGUGUGGAACUGGGUACGCCGAUCUCGCAAAAGCAACUACAAACUCUUGCAGAGGCGACACCGGAGAACAAACGGGCCAGACUAUUGGACCUAGCAAAUGACGAGACGUACAAGAAAGAAGUCAUACCCAAGCGCUACAGUAUUCUUGAUAUUCUCGAAGACCAUCCAGACUGUCAGCUACCUUUUGCGGUUUAUCUCGACUCACUCAAACCACUGUCUCCUCGUCAAUACAGCAUUUCGUCAUCGCCCCUCGCUAAUGUUGAGUUUGUCCAGACAGCUGAAGGAAACGCUAGCCAGCGUCUGACUGCAUCUCUGACUUACGACGUCCACGACGAGGCUGCAUGGAGCGGUGAUGAUCGCCGCUUCCACGGUGUCGCAUCUACAUACCUAGCACGUCAAGAGCCGGGAGAGAAGAUUCGUUGCUUCCCGCGUCCGACAAACAUCAAUUUUCACCUACCUUCCGACCCGACUGUACCCGUUAUCAUGAUAUGUGCAGGCUCAGGUCUCGCUCCCAUGCGGGGCUUCAUCCAAGAGCGCGCAACCAUUAAGAAGGCUCGUAACGCGAAGGUCGGUCCGGCGAUUUUGUACUUCGGCUGUCGUCAUUACGAGAAGGACUUCAUCUAUUCUGAUGAGUUGAAGCAGUGGGAGACCGAUGGCGUCGUCAGUGUGCGUGGCUGUUUCUCGAAGGUCGCUCCUAGCGGUGAGAAAGCGCAACGUGUGCCUGAUCGCAUGUGGGACGAGCGGAAGGAGUUAGCCGAGCUAUUUGGGGACGGAGGCGCGAAGAUCUUCAUCUGUGGUAGUGCAAGUAAGUUGGCAAAGAGCACAGCAGAAGUGUGCAUGAAAAUCUUUAGGGAUACUUUCCCAGGCAAGACGGAACAAGAUGCCUUGGAGUGGCUGGAAAAGAUCAAGGAGGACAGGUACGUGAGCGAUGUGUUCGAGUAGAAGAGUUUCAUAGUUUAAGCUGUUCUCUUGGGAUCAGAGACUCCGAAUUUCAAUACUGUAUCUAGUAAAUAUUUUGAUGCGCUUUGAAUCUUAGCGUCCUCCGAUUGAUUGUAUUAGCGGCACCAUGAAUCAAUCAAUUCUAGAACAACAUGCGAAACCUCUUACCCGUCCCGCUGUAAAAGCGAUGAAACAGGAUGGCUGAUCUUGGUAACCUUGGCAGCGGAACAAUAUGCACA